CUCCACCCAGUUCUCCCAGUUUGCGCACCGGUGCGGGAAGUCGCGCGCAGGAACGGCUCCGUCGCCGUUUCCAUGACGACCGAGCGAGCAGUUCCAAGGGACCGGACGCGGCCGCUAGCCACCCGCGAGCGCUGCCCUUUGCCGCGUGGAGGCGUGUAAGCGGGAGCUGCCGCGUUGAAAAAGGUGACGCACGGAGAUGGAGGUACGGUCACAGCACCAGUGCUGGACCGCUAACGGCGCAUACCCCUGGAGAGGCAAGCAGAUAAGCUGCUGCAGGAACAGCUGCUGUAAUUGACCGCAUUGUGUACGGUUAUUGCUCUUAUAUAUGUAUAUCUCAUGCCUGUACGCACUUGUUGAAUUCAAUAGAAGACAAUGAGAAUAACCUUUUACAUUUUUCCGAUUUUGUUAUCGUUACCUUGUCUAUGAAUUUGCAUAGUGCUCUGUAGAUUCAGUUAUAGGAAAUGGCCCUGUGGCCUCUGUCCAUUUCAUCUCAGCGCGUGAAAUGUGUUCAUGAAAAGUCAUCAGUGGCAUUUCCAGGGUUAUGUGGAUGCAUGGAAUAAAUAACCAUAAACACUGACCAACCUUUAGUACACUGUCUGUAUUGGUAAUUACUUGCUAACUUUCAGUGAUGUAGUUUCAGCAACAGUUGGAUUCCCAUCGUCAUGGAAACAUGAACUGAAGUGUGUAGGCUGUUGCUUAGCUGGUUGUGUAAGUUCAGGCGUGAUAUCUAAAAUAUAAAUCGGUGCUGUGUAUGAACAAUGACACAUUAAACCUGGAUCACUGGGUCACAUGACAAAGUUCUUCUUUGGGUCAUAACACAGAAUUGACCACAAACCCUUUAAAAUGCCUCAUUUUAUGGACAGAAAACACAAAAUGCUACUAACCCACAUGCUGGAUAUUAGGUAACCAAAUCUGAGCAACUAUUUCUGAGUUCUCUGCGCGUGGGAAACCUUCAAUGAGGUUUCAAGGCGAAGCAGACUAUAGGGUUAUGUAUUUAAUCUGGCAAGAUAUUAUGGGUUGUUUUCGGAGAUGAAUGGUGACAGUUUCUGCUGACCUGUAACUUUCCGGGAUUACCUUGGAACCAUUAUCUUCACCUGAACAUUUAAGUAAAUGUUAUGUAUUUAACCUGAACACAUGUGAAAUGUUUUUGUUUGGCAGAAUAACUGCAGUAUAGCGUGGCAGAAGUUGUCAGGAGAUAUAAGAACAGCAGAGAGAUGGAGCUGGGUGUCAUGAAAAAAACCAACUGCAAGGUCUUUAGGGAGGGGAAGUGUUUAUCAGAACGAAGUCUUAGGAAUUCUGUACCCAUGUCUUCUUAAAUCUUCCUGUGUUGGGGCAUCCCUUCUUGUAGCCCAAGGGAGGUUUCUUCUCCAGUGUUUGCUAGUUCCUCGUGUAGUUAAAAUGAGACGGAGGACUCUGCUGAAGGCGCGGCAGAAACUGCAUUGUGCUGGGCACAGAUCUGCCAUUUGGUCUGCAUGUCUAAGGAUUGUAUUAUUGGCGCGGUGCUUUAUGACGGCAUUGGUCAUCUGCGUGAAGACUCCCUCUACUGAGAGGAGCCGCUGACACGAACCGUCACUCUGUCCGUGAGAUUUCACAUGCAUACACAAAAUGUGCCUCCAUAUCUUUCGGCUACAAAGGAAUCCGUUCCUUCAAAGGUCUGUGCCAGCAUAUAGCGGAGAAUGGGAGGUCAGUGCUGGGGUCGUGUGCCCCUGUGAUUUCUGGACUUUUACUCUAAAUUCCUGUCCAGCGAUCUUUCCGUGUCCAGACAGAUCCUUGGAGUGAUAAUGUUGCUUUGAUCCUUUAUUCUAUCUAGUUUUGUGAACGUGCCUGCAGGCGCUGGACUAUUUUGUCACACAAACACACUGCAAUCUUGUCAUUUUUACAAAUUCCAAGCUGUAUUUUAUAAAAACAUAGAUAGGUAUCCUUAACUCUAAUUUCUCUCCGCGUUUCUCAUACACCUAAAAGACGAAUGCCGUGGAAUACUUCAAACAUUCAAAAAAAAAUUUAAUUGACCACGAUCCUGAAAGUAAACAGAUGAAGAAUAAAAAAUAAAUUAACUGAGCUCCUGAAAACUGUGUCAGACGCCAAUACAUGUGUGACACAUUAAACUAGAUCUAAAAUAACCAUAAAUGAUUUUUAUUAGCUUAACAUCAGGGUGGAAUAGUGGCUCUCGCGGACAGGGUUUGAGGUUUGAAUUAUGGAGUUUGAAUGUUACCGCUGUAUCUCGUCCCGCAGUCAUAUGGUUAGGCGAACCUGCAUACCUAAAUUGCCUGUGGUGAGUGUGUGUGCAGCCUACGAUGGAUCAUUAUCCCAUCCAGGGUGUUGCCCAGCCUUGUCCCUUGUGCCUCGUACUGCCUGGGAUAGGCUCCACACGGCCCUGCUUAGGAUGCAUCGAUGGGAAUACAUUUUGUAAGUCUUACAUUUAUUUAUGAAGUGAAUUAUUUUGAACGUACGGAAGUAGCGCUAAUGCAGCAGUACAGGGUCCCGCCUGCGCUUGUGCGCAGUCCUGCUUACAGCAGAGGCUGUACGGCCUUGUGUUCUGAGAAACACGAUACGUGCAUGGCGGCAGAAACUGGAGAAUCACCGACGGAAGCGAACUCACUAUUUCAGGAAGCGAAGCAGAAAAUGAUUUUCUCAGUCUUUCCUGGUUUAAUAAUUACUUAAUUAACCAAAUCUAUUUGCGUCGUUAAUUUCGGUUUGGGUUCUCCAUUCUAUUUUAUUAAAUAUUCACCAGUUAGUUUUCUAAUUAUUCGUAAGUCAUUCAAGGUAAUUAGCAAUUAAUUUUUAAUACGGUUUCCAAGCGAAAUAAUCAUGGCACAGGGAACAAUAUUUUUUUUUCUUCAACUAAAUGCAAUUUAAUAACCUUAUAACGGAGAUUUGGAUGGUUGAUUUUUAUGCAGGUAUCGAUUUUAUUACUGUGACAUAUCGGUUGCCUACCGUCACGUAGGCUACCUGGCUUGCAUGCAGUGUUCUGUACGCCGCAAUGCUGUAUAAGUUACGAACUACCAUAACGCCGGCAGUCAUGCUCUCCGUUACAUUGUUGACUUAAAAGCACAGCGCCAAGUCCGUUUUUAAACGCAAUUUCGUUUGCAUUGAAUGCAUUUCUGGAAUAUAGUAAUUUCCUAAACGAAAAAAGUAAAAAUCCAGUUACGCUAUAGGCUAUUACCGACUACAGACAAAUUAAAAAUAUCUUGUUCAUGAAGCUGACGAGUUCAAGAGAAUGACAGCUUCUUAUACCGAUUCUUAAAAAGUAUAGAUGUUUGUAUCACCUUUAACCUGUUUUUACUUAAUCUAGCAGGAUCUACAAGGCUCGAUCAAAUUGCUUUAAUAGGCAUGUUUAUUAGCAUUAUGUAUGGUAUUUGCCAGUGCUUGAAGUAUGAAAAAAAACAGGUUUCGUUACUCACCUUGUUAUUCACUAUUAGUAGGUUAUGAGAGGUCCCGGUACGCAAGAAACGUUCCCGGUACUUUGAAGAGAAAGACAAAGAGGUACCGGUACUUCCUACCGAUGAGUACUGGCCCACUUCAAGCACUCGUAUUUGCUCAUAUAAUUACAUUUGUGCAUUUGUACCCUAUUUUUUUUAUCUUCAAAAACGGUGUAGCCUACAUUUUAUUUGCUUAUUUUUUGUAGGAAAGAGUAGAUAUUUAACCGCAAUGACGGGAAACAACCUGCUGGAAUUGAGAGCGCACCAGGAUCUUCGCGGCGUAGCAUGCACGACUUGAAGACAUUAAGCAGCCGUGCGCUUGUUUAAUAUCUGAUGGGCCUCUUUUAAUCAUUGCAAUUAAAGCAGGUGAAUCUGUGAAUUAAUUGACUGAUUUUUCAGGUGGUUAUGCGUGUGGACGACUUUUCCACUAUAUUCUAGCCGUAUUUGCUUGUAUAAAGAAAGCACUCUGCACGGAGGAGCUGAGGAGGGGACGAGCAAUACAGACUCGCAGUCAGCAGCCGCGAGCAUCCUGCUCUGCAUGUGACGUCACUUACAAAUCAUCGCGUAUCCUGGGAGAAAUCGUCCCAUGGUGACCGGUUGCCAUAGAAAUGUACCUUUAGUGGAAAGUUGGGCAGCUAAUAUCCGCUUCACGAUGCAAACGGGUACAGGGGAGGAGGAUGAGUGUCGGUAAAACGGGGUUCUAUGCAAAAGCUUCGCAAAGGGGCGUUGUCACCACCGAGAAAGACAUUGUGGAUUUAUGUUUUUGUUGUCUAUUCCCACCUGUUUUUUGCUGAAAUCUCUCUUUACAUUAGUGUUACUACUCGCACUGUGAUAUUCCGACGCUGAUCACAUAUCGACCAUCGGGGAGCGUCGUUUUCGUCACCCGGGAGCUGUCCGUGUCCUGAAGGUGGUAGGGGGUCUGGCGAGUCGGCCACCCCGCUGCUGCGAUGCUCCGAUGGGGGAAUCGGUUCGUCACUUUGGAAAUGCGUGAAGCAUACGAGUGUGCGGUGCGCUGCUUUUAAACGUCUUUUAGUUAACAGGAAUGAGCAGGUAGAUGCUGAUGCUUGGGUCAACAUGUUGCCAAAAUCGAGGAGAGCGUUAACCAUUCAGGAGAUCGCGGCGUUGGCCAGGUCAUCGUUACACGGUAUCUCACAGGUGGUGAAGGACCAUGUGACCAAGCCGACCGCCAUGGCUCAGGGCCGGGUGGCCCACCUGAUCGAGUGGAAGGGCUGGUGCAAGCCCACCGACUCACCCGUGGCCCUCGAAUCGGACUUCAACUCCUACUCCGACCUGACAGAGGGAGAGCAGGAAGCGAGAUUUGCUGCAGGCGUAGCCGAGCAGUUCGCCAUUGCGGAGGCAAAGCUACGGGCAUGGUCGUCUGUGGAUGGAGAGGACUCCAAUGACGAGUCUUAUGAUGAAGACUACCCCCCCAAUGACACAGCCCAUACAGCUCAAACAGACACCGUGUCGUACCCCCCGUACCUGCGAGACCUCCUGCACAGCCAGGGCCUUCAGCCGGGAGGUGAGAGUGGCUCCCCAGAUGCCCUUUACUCCAGCCUGUGCAGCCUGGAAGACCUCCCACUGCUGAGGGGUCCCGGAGGACCCCAGACCACACCCGCCGACCUGGCCGCUAAGAUCCUGGGGGUGCUGCAGGGCCUCCAAAGGGCUGACUGCGCCUUCCGCUCCCUGGGCCGCUCCACCCGCGACGACUCCUCCUGCGCCUCCUGCUCCGAAUCCUUUCUCUCCCCUGAGGAAGAGGAGCUGGCCUGCGAGGACUAUGAUAGCGUCUGCCCGGGCUAUGCAGGCCACAGGAGGGUCUCAGACGUGGCGUCGUCCGGGGUCGUGUCCUUGGACGAGGAAGAUGAGUUGGAGGUGGAGGAAGAUGAGGUCGAGAGGAAGAGUGAUCCGGGAAACUAGAGACAUCACUUUCCUGUCCUUGCGUUCGGUCCUGUCCCCCUCUGGUCUGUGCUGCUCUGCGAAAUCUUCUUGGCAUGUUUCUUAGACCUCCCCCCCUUCUUAAAAAUGCCCCCCACAGGCCUUCAUCCCCCUUGCCUGGUUUGAUAUUUAUCGGUAUAUAUUUUGUCUUGAGGCGUGUGAACAAUCUUCCUACCGCUGUGGGACGUCUGCUGCCUUGAGCUGGAACCCUGAGCCAGCGGGUUUUGAAGCAAGGGCUUUGGGGGAGCAAGCGACAGAAAGGGGGGUGGGACGGAAUCCGUUUUGCAUGUGUGGUCAUGUGGGCUGCCUGGGUGUUAGGCCCUGUUUAUAAUAAUGCCUGUUGUGUACCCCGACCCAUCCAAGUUACUCAUCGUCAGCCAGACUUCGCGACCACCCAGCCCGAAACCCUCCUCAGCAUGGCUACCUGUGAACCUGCAGAUCAAAAAGAAAGUGCUGGAAAACUCUGAAGCUGGGAAGAUGGUGUCUUUUAAAGCUGUUUCGUUGCUGCAUUUGCUGUCUGGUUUCUAUCAUUGGACGGGGAUCCCCGUCGCUGCGGCAGGCCGCUGCUGUCGGAUCGAUAGGGAAUUUUCUCCCGGGUUGCCGCUAACAGAAUAUCGGGUAUCCCUUCAGCGCUAGGAAUGCAAAGUUUGAUUUUUAAAAAGAGAACAAGAAAAAGACAAAAAAAGACAAACACUAGUUUUCAGUGACGCAGUAAAGAGGUAAAUUCUGUCUCAGAGUUUCUCUAUUUUUGUACGACGUCGUCUGGCUUUCGUUCCUUUGACUGUGUUUGUUUUUUGCACGACACGUCUGCCAAUUUUUCCAUGCGUGACAUUGCUCUGCUGAAAAGGCAGCAAUGAAGAGAAAUGUGUGUUUUUUUUUAAGGGACGAGUGACACGGUUUGUCACUCUCUCCGUUGUAUCUUGGGCUGAGAGCAUGCGUGCGUUCUUUCAGGAGGCUUCUGUCUCUAGAACCUUCUUUACUGGUCAUGUCUGCCUGCUUCUUCUCUAUAUUCAUUCUGCUGUUGUCCUGCACACUCGUUUCUGUCCUCCUCCGUCAGUCAAGUGACCUCGGCAUUCAAACUCUACCCUAUUUUUAAGAUGUCAGACAUACGGCAGCCUGUUCUGUCAGUCCCAGUACAGAUCAUCCAUCAGUUUCAAAAUCAAACAGGCAGACUGGAGGCUAGAUUUCAACCAUUGUGUGUCCUUCUAAACCGUCUCUGAAACCCCAAUGAUUGCGAUUUGAAAGACCAGCAAGCUUCUCACAAAGACUGUCAAUCACAAACUCAGGAAGUCCCACCCACAUAGAGUGGCUGUUCCAGUGCCAUUUCCUCCAUCCAUCCACGUUUUCAAGCUUGGUUCCAGCGACGAAAUGGAGGGAGCCUGUUUCUUGGACUCCACAGCCGAGUCGUCUCCCUUGGAUUCAGAUUGACCCUGAACGGAGCUGAAGAGAACUGUAGUUUCCAUGACUAUUCUGGGUGUAGAACCAGUCCUCCUCCUGGUGCUACAUGAAACAGGGUAAAUAUGUGGGAGAAGAGUAAGGGGGGAGGGGAGGAGAGUGGAAAUGGACUACUGCCCUUGCUGGAGUAGACACCGACCUUUCUGUCCUACGACUCAGUGAAUGUUUCCUCAUGAACCAGCACGCGUGUGUUUGCGUGAAUGCAUCAAAAGUGUUUUGAUUUUUUUGCGGGUGUGAUUAUUAAAGAGAUCAGAGGGACCAUACAGUGCUAUAGAUACACACCCGAUCGCAUGUUCUGCACCUGGGGAGGCCGCACCGCUACAGUGUGGCUCGCAGUAAAGAGGAAAAAAAAAUCUCUGCUGUUUCUUCUGAGUGUUUUGCUGUAACUCUGUGUCCUUGCUGUGUUUGUGAAGGACUACGUGCAUGUUGGACUCGCUCCUUAAUUUCCUUUGCUAGGGCUCUACAGUUCCCACACGUGGGCCGUCUCGAGUGAUUUUCUGGGCAUUAGCAGAGCAGUGUUUAACCUGCAACUCUCAUUCUCCCGUCGAGCUUGGGGUUCAAGCGUCAGAGAAGAUAAUGAGGCGGAUCUUGGUGAAGAAAGACUUCUUCAGAUUUUGUAAAGAGUCAUAUUUUUGUAAGAAGGAAAAUGAGGCUGUAAGAUGUUUUUGAGAAGAGAGUCGGUCUAACUCAGGUUCAUCUUGAUCUCGGUGCCUUCAUCCCUGAAUUACCCGCCCCCCCCUUCCUGAUUUCCCUCCCCCCCC